AUGUCGCACCUGCAGAAGCAACUUCUGCAUAAGAUGAUGGAGAAGCCAAACCUCAAGCUGCAGCAGCGGAACCUCAAGCUACAGGCAGAAGCAUCAGAUGUGAGGUUGCCACAGCCUCAAAGUGGAGAUGUGCCUGAAGAAACAACUAAAGUUGGAAAAGUUAAAAAAAAAAAAAAAAAAAACCUGAAACAAAUGGGCACCCAACCCCAAAGACAGUCAUCUGAAAGAAAAGCCCAGGAAAAUGAUGCUGUGGAAGGUUCAGCUCCAAGAAGAUCUAAGGCUUAUGUGCUGCAGGCUAGAGCAAAUCUUACUCAGGCCUCAAAUCUUUACUCUGGACAAGUACAGCAGCCUGGUCAGGCAAAUUUUUAUAACACUACCCGAUCACCGAGUGCUCUUCAGCAGGUUGCAGUACUUUUACCAGCAUCCCAGCUUUCCUCGAUUAAUUUUGGAUCUACAGGACAGCCUCUGAUUCCUUUGCCUCAGACUCUUCAGCCACAGUUAGAACAUACAACCCCACAAGCACAGGCUCUGAGUCUGAGCCAUCCUGCACAAGUCAGUCAGCUUUUCAGAGGAUUAAUGCCUGCUGGAACACAGCAUAGCAUGAUGGCAACCACAGGGAAAAUGUCUGAAAUGGAGCUAAAAGCCUUUGGGAGUGGCAUUGAUAUCAAACCAGGCAUACCUCCUAUCCGUGGUAGAAGCACCACACCAACAUCUAGUCCCUUCUGGGCUACUUCGACAAGUCCAAACAGCCAGUCCAGCAAAAUGAAUGGCAUUGUCUAUCAGAAGCAGUUCCUCGCCCCUGCCAUUGUGAGAAUGACACAACUGUUUCCUAUACAAUUUGCACCCCAGGCAAAGCAGAGAGCAGAGGUUCUUCAGUCCACAGAACGGUUCUUCUCUGAACAACAGCAGAACAAACAGAUAGGAGGCAAGGCCCAGAAAGUGGAGAGUGAUUCAAAUAAACCUCCUGAAACACUGAUUGACCCUCCUGGUGCGUGUCAGGAAAAAGUAGAAGAAAUGCCACCCCCUGCACCCACCAUAGCUACCAAACCUGUUAGAACUGGACCAAUCAAACCUCAGGCAAUCAAAACCAAAGAAACAAAGUCUUAA